UUGUUAGUUCAUUCUUUCAUUUUACUUUGUUCGCGUUUGCUAAUUUUUCUCAAGGAGGUUCGUCAAUUAAAUUUUUAUAUAUUAGCAUCGGGGAAAAAAUAAUAUGUCGCGAAGUUAUACAUCACCCUAUGCCAAACCGAUACAGCAAUAUCCAUCUCAGUCAGAGGAUUACAUAUCACUUGAAGUCGGCGGACCAGGAAAGUGUUCAACACCAGCGCGGGCCCAGUACAACAGCCUUAACACAAAGGGUGGGGGAAACUUUUAUCAAAAUAGACAAAACGGACGCGAAAAUCAACAAAAUCGAUUUUCUGUAGGAUGGACAAACAACCGCCACAGUGCUGGUGGAUAUGCAGGCCAACGGCAACAACACACACCACGUAGCAUUGAUACAGCUGAAUGGCAGUGGCGUGGAGGUGGCAAUAACAGACCACGAAACAAUAGACCAUCUUUUACCAAUAAGGUAAACGACAUAUCGGCUUUUGUGCACCCAUCUAUGUUAGAAGAUCCAUGGAAUGAUUUGAUGAAACGACGAGAAGCUAUAAAACGUAGUGAGAUUCAAUUAUCUACUCCCGCUAAACAAAAUGAAGAAAGAUCUUGCAUGGAUAAUAUCGCUGUAAAAA